AUGUCGUAUUUAACUAGACUCGGUCAAUUUCAAAUUUUGAAACGUUCUUAUGCUGUAUCGAGUAAUUUAAUUCAACCUGUAAAACAAUUAACUCAUCCAGAUGAUAAAAUACCACAAUCAACCCUUGAUCAAGUUGAAGAAUAUAGCAAAUAUACCGUUAAUACUUACGCUCGUCCAAGCAUUAUUAUGAAACGUGGUCAGGGAUCUUACCUGUUUGAUACAAAUGAUCGUCCUUAUUUAGAUUUUACAGCAGGUAUCGCUGUAAAUGCUCUAGGCCAUUCUGAUCCUGAAGUGGCGCAAGUUCUUUAUGAUCAAGCUCGUACUUUGGUUCAUACGAGUAAUCUUUAUUAUAAUACAAAUGCUGGCGAACUCGCUAAAUUGAUUGUUGAAACUACUGGAGGUUGGGCCAAGAAAUUAUUCUUGGCUAACUCAGGUACUGAAGCGAAUGAAGGUGCGCUUAAGUUUGCUCGUAAAUGGGGUCACCAGCAAUCCUCUGAUAAAUAUCAAAUUGUCUGUUUUACACAUGCUUUCCAUGGUCGUUCCUUGGGUGCUCUUUCAGUGACUCCUAAUCCAAAAUACCAAAAGGUAUUUGAACCCCUUUUACCAGGUGUUGUGACAUGUCCUUAUAAUGAUACAGAGAGAGCUCUUGAGAUGAUCACAGACAAGACAUGUGGUGUUAUUCUGGAACCUGUUCAAGGAGAAGGUGGCGUACAUCCUGCUGCUCCCGAAUUUUUAAAAGCAAUUCGUGAUCAGUGUAACAAAACAAAUAGUUUACUUAUCUUUGAUGAAAUUCAAUGUGGUCUCUCUCGUACUGGCAAGUUAUGGGCUCAUCAACAUGUUGAUCUUGAAGGCUGUACACCUGAUAUCUUGACAAUGGCGAAACCAUUAGCUAAUGGUGUACCUAUUGGUGCUAUCUUGACAUCAGAGAAAGUAGGCAAUUUGAUUAAAUUAGGUGAUCAUGGUACUACAUUUGGUGGUAAUCCUUUGUCUUCAGCAGUUGCAUUGAAUGUCUUGAAACGUAUUACAACACCAGAAUUUAUUGCAUCUGUCAAUGAAAAAGGAGAGUAUUUAGCUUUCCUUUUAAAACAAUUACAAUCCAAGUAUCCUAAUUUAAUCAAGGAAGUAAGAGGUAAGGGACUUAUGUUGGGUGUUGAAUUUCAACAUGAUCCUACACCUCUUAUCAAAAUGGCUCGCGAAAGGGGUCUUUUGAUUGUUACAGCUGGAUGUCAAACCGUGCGUAUCAUCCCUCCUUUAACUAUCUCAAAGGAAGAAGCAUUAGAAGGUGUAAAUAAAUUAGCAGGCGCCGUUGAUGAAUUUGCUGCAACUUUAAAAUAA